UGCUGAGGGUGACAGGGAGAAGGAGAAAGGGACGAUUUUUAAACACAUAGUGAUUAAGCCAGCUGCCAUAUUAAAUAAUAAAAAAACAGACUAACCUGACAUAUUGUGGAUAAACCGUGCGCGAUGGGAUUAAGUACAUUGUCACAGUCUUUAACUAAGACGCACAUCAGGUAUCCUUUUUAACCACACCCGGCUCCUUUUGGAUCAAGAAUUGGAACAACGAAGUGAGUGCCUGAGAGGCCUGAUGCCUGGCACGGCUCCAGGCUGGUCAUCCUAGGGGAAGCUCUCGGUACAGCCAACGGUGCCAGUAUGAGCGGGGGAGGGGAGCAGGCCGACAUUCUGACCGUGGGAGUGCUGGUGAAGGAGCGAUGGAAAGUGCUGAAGAAGAUCGGGGGCGGUGGGUUCGGGGAGAUCUACGAGACCCUGGACCUGCUGACCCGGGUCAGCGUGGCCCUGAAGGUGGAGUCGGCGCAGCAGCCCAAGCAGGUUCUCAAGAUGGAGGUGGCGGUUCUGAAGAAGCUGCAAGGCAAAGACCACGUGUGCCGUUUUGUGGGGUGCGGCCGCAACGACCGCUUCAACUACGUGGUGAUGGAACUGCAGGGGCGGAACCUGGCCGACCUGCGGCGCAGUAUGAGCCGGGGGAUCUUCUCCAUCAGCACCACCCUGCGGCUCGGCCGCCAGAUCCUGGAGGCCAUCGAGAGCAUCCACUCUGUGGGCUUCCUGCACCGCGACAUCAAACCGUCCAACUUCGCCAUGGGCCGUUUCCCCAGCACGUGCCGGACCUGCUACAUGCUGGACUUCGGCCUGGCCCGCCAGUUCACCAACUCCUGCCAGGAAGUGCGACCGCCGAGGCCUGUGGCGGGGUUCCGUGGGACCGUGCGUUACGCCUCUGUUAACGCGCACAAGAACAAGGAGAUGGGUCGCCAUGACGACCUUUGGUCCCUCUUCUACAUGCUGCUGGAGUUCCUGGUGGGGCAGCUGCCCUGGAGGAAGAUCAAAGACAAAGAGCAGGUGGGCAAGCUGAAGGAACACUACGACCACCGCCUCAUGCUGAAACACAUGCCCCUGGAGUUCAGCGUCUUCCUGGACCACAUCAGCAGCCUGGACUACUUCACCAAGCCCGACUAUCAGCUGCUGAGGUCCGUGUUGGAGAACAGCAUGAAGACCUACAACGUGGUGGAGAACGACCCCUACGACUGGGAGAAGACCGGGUCGGACGGCACGCUGACCAUCAACGCCGCGGCGACCACGCCCCAGCACCACACCCGCCUCACCCCAGCACACAUGGGCAUGGCCAACGCGUCGCUGGUGCCGGGAGACCUGCUGAGGGAGAACACGGACGAGGUGCUCCAGGACGAGCAGCUCAGCGACGGCGACAACAACUGCCCCCCCGACCGGCUCCCCGGGUCCCCCGUCCUGCCCCAGCGCCCCCAGGAGCCUGACGUGUGGGAGGAGCUGGACCGCAACCGCAACCGCGUCCGCACCGCCGUCUGGAAGGCCGCCACGGAGGAGGAGCACAGUCAGAACCAGGGGAACCAGAGCCCGUACGCCGGGCCCAGCCUGGGCUCCCCGGUGCGGGUGCGGUCGGAGAUGGUGCCCUCCGACCGGGACGCCCCGCUGCUGAGGAAGCUGAGGAACAUCCACAGCUUCGAGCUGGAGAGGAGGCUGACCCUGGAGCCCAAGCCCAGCACCGAGCGCUUCCUGGAGGCCUGCUCAGGGAAGCAGCAGGAUAAAGAGGGGGCCCAGUCAGGCACGGGCCUGGCCGUUCCCGGCAGCAGCGGUGGCGGAGGCGGUCGGGGUGAACGGGUGUGGCAUCUGGACGAGGAGCUCCUCUCCGGCGGGGGCUCUCCCAAACCGGGCUCCCCGGGCUCUCCCGGUGAGCAGGGCGAGGGGGCGGCCAGCAGCGGCUUCGUGGCUCUGAACCUGAGCUCGGGCCGACAGGAGGUGGACUCGCGGGAGUGGGUCCUGGUGGAGCGGGUCCCCGACCCGCAGGGGCGCUCGGGCGGGGCCAAGGCCUCCAGCAGCCCCUCUGAGGAGGAGCCGGAGAUCCUGCAGCUGGUGGAGGAGCCCAGCAGCGGGGAGGGGGGGCCCCACAGCCCCGCCCGGCCACAGAGGGACACGCUCGCCCCCCUCGUACCGCCCGCUACGGGGCCCCCCCGGGUGGAGAGGCUGGAGCUGAGCGUGGGGCCCCCAGGGAGCCUGGCCCCCAUCACCCCCACCAGCCCAGCCGAGGCGCUGGCUGAGGGGGCGCUCACACAGCUCCCCACCUCUCCUGCGUCCCUGCCUGAGGAGCUGGUGGCCCGGACCUCCAGCCCCCUCCUCCUGCGCUCCCCGAGCCCCCACACCCCCCUGACCACCCUGUCGGACCCCCUGCACCUGCGCCCCCCCGGCCUGCGCCGCAGCCAAUCGGCCGACCAGCAGGGGGCGCCGCCCCGCGCGCGGAAACUGCCCGCAAUACCCGCCGGCGCCGCCGGCAACGCCAAGUACCCCUCUGUCAUUCGCAUCACCCGCGCCCAGCUGCAGCAGCUGACAGCGCAGCGCCCGUCCAUGCUGUCCUCCCAGUCAGCCUCUGACAGUGUGCCACAGUGCCUCCUGCUGGAGAAGCGCAACGAUGCGGACCCAGAGACCGCGGACCUCCAGUCCCCCCAGGAGCGCCCCCUGCAGGCCGGCAGCCCUACAGGAGAGGCGCUGCUGAACGGAGACCCCGCGGAGAGAGCGUCUGUAGCUGCAGCCAGCCCCGUGCCAAGCCUGGAGUCUUCCCCGAAAUCGCCCCGCUCCCCCCGCUCCCCCCACAGCCCCGUCUUCGCCAACGGCCACUUCUCCCUCCCGGUGGCGGACGGCAGCCCGCCCCUCCCUGAACUGAAGGACCCCGAGAGCGACUCGGGGUACCCCGACCGCUCCACCGAGCCCAACCAGCACACCCAGGAGGACCCGGACCGGGCCCCUGGGGAACGCCGCCCGGCCUCGUCCCCGCCCCCGGCCCCCCGGCGGGACCCCGCCCGCCGGCUCAGCCGCAUCCCCGUGCUGGAGCCCGCCCACCUGCUGGAGGCCCCGCCCCCAGGCUCCGCCAAAGAGCUCUUCCUGCAGAAGAAGGCCCACCAGGGCCCCGCCGCGCCCCCCUCCCCGUCCCUCUCCUCCGACCGGCGCCCCCCUCCGCCCCGCGAGCAGCUCUCCUCCGCCUCCGACCGCUCCCAGGACGACGAGUCUUACCUGGGCUCCCGGUCGGACCGGCAGGGCGACGACGCCCUCUCCCUGUCCUCCUCCUCCAGCCCCCUGUCCCGCAAGAGCAAGAUCCCCCGUCCCGUGGUGCCCGUGCCCGUCCCAGACCAGCUGGCCACACAGUUCCUGCCCCGCCCGCCCCCCGGCAAACCGCCCAGCCGCCCCGCUGUGGAGGGCAGGUUGCGUCGGUACCGGAUCCGUGCGGGCAGCACCAGCGACUCGGACCUGAUCACCUGCCUGGCCCAGCUGAUGCACGGGGGCGGGGGCGGGGUGUCGGGCUCGUCCCGGGCGCGGGGCUCGGCCCACCUGCGCUCCCCGCAGCACCACCACCGCAUGGCGGCGCACGGCGGCGGCGGCACGCCCCAGCGCAGCUCCAGCGCCUCCCCGCGCAGCUCCCCGUCCCUGCAGCGCUCCGUCAGCUCCUCGCCCUCCCGCCACGAACACCACCACCACCACCACCACCACCACCGCGGGGGCGGGGCCUGCCAGGGACGCAGCCGCUCCCCGCCCAGCUUCUCGGGCUCGCCGCCCCUGCGCCGCGCCCACCCCCACCCCCACGCCCCGGAGACCUGCUGCGGCCGCCAGGCCCGCUCCGGGUCCUUCCACAGCCACACCGCGCGCGGGAAGCCCUGCGCCCGCGAGGGCAAGUGCCCCAGCAAGCUGAGCAGAUAGUGCCCCCGACCCCGCGGCCCACUGGAGGAGGAGGAGGAGGAGGAGGGUGACGAAGGCCCUGGUGAAUUCGCCAGGGGAACUUGGGGGACUGGCUGUGCAAUCCCCGGGCCUCUCUCCUGAACACUAGUGUUUAUCCCGUUUAUUCCGUCCACACUCUUCCUCUCUGUUCUCUCUCUCUCUCUCUCUCUCUCUCUGCACACUAUAUCUGUUCUCUCUCUCUCUCUCUCUCUCUCUACACACUCGAUUUCUCUCUCUUUCUGUGCACACUAUAUAUCUCUCUGUUCUCUCUCUCUUUGUGCACACUGUCUAUAUCUCUCCAUCUCUCUCUUCACCCUCUCUCUCUCACUACAUAUCUCUCUGUUCACUCUCUGUCUCCCUCUAUCUCUCUCUCUGCUAACGUUCUCUCUUUCUCUCACCAGCCAUGUGCACUACUUUUCACACUCACACACUGCACACUUCCUCACACCCCACACAAACCUUCCCCCUACCCCAGCACACAGACACACACACACACACACACACACACACACACACACACGUACUGUACUUGCUAAUUUAUUUUUAUUUUUUUAAUAUACAACUUUGUUGGAAGUAAAUCUUAUUUGUCACAUGGUAUGGCAUAUGAAGAAAUCGCAGCGUUGUUGGGCUGCCGUAUCAGUCGGCCAGCCAGGCAUUACGAUCCGUCGUAAUGCUGAACCACAAAAGGAACCAAACGGACUGUAACGAUUGUGUUCAUUCGGACUUCUCGGCUAACGUGUGCUAGCUAGCUAGCGCUCUCUGUAGCUCCCCCCCCCCCCCUCCCCCGCCCCCGCCAGUGUCUCUCGGAGUGAGUCCUCCCCUUUCUGAACGCCACGUUUUUACAGUCGUGCCACUGUAUGCUGGUCCUGGGGUGUGCUGGCGUCUGUCCCUGUACCCCACAGAAUUCAGACACGCCCGAAUGCUGUCAGGCUGUAGCUCCAGUCUGGACGGCAGGUGUGUAUGUUCUUUACCUGGGCAUAUGCACUGUGCACUGCUACAUGUAUUAUAGUAUUUAUUUGGUUAUUUAUUGGAUGCCUGUAAUGUUUCACAUUCAGGUGUAAUGACUGACAGGGGACACAGCCUAUAGGUGGCUGUUGCCUCCAUUUUGUUUCUGGCAUUUGAGCCAGUGGAGCCCAGUGAGUCCCGUGCCUGAGGUGCCUGUAUUCUCUGUGGGAGGGGUUAGGAAACUGGGACAGUGUGUGGAACCUCCCAAGACAGAGCCAGGACUAUUUAUCCCCGCCCCCCCAGGGCAGAAAGGGGCGGGCCUCACUCUGAGUGAUCUGGUUUAGCUCCUAUUGGAAUGAGGCCUUUUGUGAUGUCAUGCUUAUUGUGACCUCGUUGUGUUUCGCGAGGUCUGAGUUAAUCAGCAUGCCUGUUCCCUAUGAGAUGAGAUGAGAUGAGACAAGACAAGUCGUAUGUGCUGAAUAUUAAUAUGAAUAUGACCUUUUUUUUUUUUCUUCCUUAUUUUGUCUUUGACUUAUGUGUGCCUUUCUCCAUGCAAGCUGAACAUUUCUGAGCUGUUUCUUUCCCCAAUUUCAAAAGAUAUUGAAUGUAACUAUGUUCAGUUAGAUGAAGGUAAGGGAAUGUCCUUUUGAAUUAAGACGCUACUUGACAGGAUUACUUCAAAAUGUUCAGUUUGACAUGAAAAGUGGCACUUUUUUUUUUUUUUACUGUAAAAUGUUUACUUUUUGUGUUCCUCUGUACUAUGGACUGUAAUGUUAGUCCAGCAUCUAUCGCAUAACGCUCACAACAACUCCCGCGAAAAUCACGUAGCUAAAAUCCCGUCUUGAUGGAAACAUGCCAGUUCUCUCCGACGACAUCAUUUCCUUGUCCCUGUCGAUGCUUUCUUUCAAACAAAAAAGGGAAAUUCUAGUAUUGUUGUGGGGUGGUUGACUAUAUUGUGUCAAGGCCCCACUAAUUUCUGCAGUAUUAUUAGUGAAGGAGGUAGGCAUUACCAGUCAAAAUAAUUACUUUCUAAUCCAACUGGUGGUCCAUUAGUCAAACUUUCUUGGAAAGAACACUCACUCUCUAUCUAUCUCUUUGUCUCUCUCCCUCCUGCUUGUAAGAUAUUGUAUUAUAAAUCCUACCAGUACUACUCUUUGCAUGCACUACAGUAAAAGAAAAAUUAAAGAAACACAGCACACCAGUCCUCAUAUCCUUCAUCCUUUCUCAGAUGAUUGUAUUCCGAGAAGAUACUCAAAUAUCUGUAGAUAUAAUGCGCUAUAUUUUAUUUGGAAUGUGUAAUCGUUUUCUCUUCCCUUCCGGUCUUUGUGUGAGGAAUGAAGACACGCCCCCACACAUUGCUCCGCCCACUCACCCAGCCUCUUCCUGUUUAAUGCUCCUAACCCCGCCUCUUCCUGUUUUACUCCCUUAACCCCGCCUCUUCCUGUUUAAUGCUCCUAACCCCACCUCUUCCUGUUUUACUCCCUUAACCCCGCCUCUUCCUGUUUCAUGCUCCUAACCCCGCCUCUUCCUGUUUCAUGCUCCUAACCCCGCCUCUUCCUGUUUCAUGCUCCUCACCCUGCCUCUUCCUGUUGACUCUUGGCUCUGGCUUCUAAGCUAAAUGCACACAUUUGAUA